AUGGAGGAGACUGAAGUGCUGCACGAACUUCACAAGCUAUCUCAUAUACAAUCAGAGGAAACACUGGACCGCAUCCUCUGCACCCUCUGGUCCACCCGCAACACCGCUCUUCCCCUCUCCGACAAGGCCCGCUUCCAAUCCCUCCUCCGCCUCUCUUCACUCUCCCAGCUCGACCCCGUCUUGGCGUGCCUCCGCUUCCUCCUCGGAAAAUGCGCGCGUCACAGCCUAGCUCGCGACGACCAAGACGUUUUGAAGCUCUUUCCGCCCGACCUUCCGCUCCACCUCCGAACGAAUCUGCUCUCAUCGUUGCGGAGAAAUAGGGAUCGGUGGAAGGAGGACGCGUCGCCGCAAUCGAAGGGAACACCGAACGUUGCUCCUACGCUGCUCUGGCCGCGGCAUGACCUCAGUUCUGUUUCCCCGCUCAAUCGCGCUGAUUUCGAAACUGCGCCGCCGUGCUUCCAGUGUGACGCCGUUGCUCCCUGUGAUGACGCGGAAAGCCUUCCUUACCUCAAAUCAAUGACGUGGACCAUGGAGAAUCGCGGAUCAUCCCCUGCAGAUAGAGUGGCUAUAAUCAGCCUCAAGCUACAUGAUUACAGUAACUCUCCAUCAGGUGAAACAGAGGUAAAGUUUCAUCUCACAAAGGACACACUUGAAGCUAUGCUGAGAUCCAUGACAUACAUCAGGGAACAACUGAAUGCUGUUGAGACUUCUUCCGGACCACCAAACAAGAAACAAAAGCUGUAG